AUGUCAUCAGCGCUGAUGGAACAUGCCUCCAUGUCGGAGGUAGCACCAAACAAACAACGAUCAAAGCCAGAGACGAAAAUCCCUCCCGUCUGCCCGACUGACGAUGACGAUACGGCAAAAUUGAGGAAACAGACCCGGACGCUGGACUAUGUCUGGCGCUCUGGAGUCGCGGGAGGUCUGGCGGGCUGUGCUGCAAAGACGGUCGUAGCGCCCCUCGAUCGAGUGAAGAUUCUUUUUCAGGCGAGCAACCCCCAGUUCGCAAAAUACACGGGCUCCUGGUUCGGUGUCGCGACUGCAAUGAAGGAUAUUCAUUCCCAUGAAGGCGUAGUCGGUCUGUUUAGAGGACACUCGGCCACAUUACUCCGAAUCUUCCCUUACGCCGGUAUCAAAUUUCUUGCCUACGAGCAAAUCCGAUCCAUCAUCAUCCGUACAAAAGACCAAGAGACCCCGUGGCGCCGCCUCAUCAGCGGGUCCAUGGCUGGCGUCACCUCGGUUUUUUUCACGUACCCUUUAGAAGUCAUUCGUGUGCGCCUCGCCUUCGAGACGAAACACGGUGGUUCUUCUCUCUUUUCAAUCUGCAGGCGAAUCUACAACGAAAGUUUUGUGCGAACCAGCGCAAAUGCAACCAGCACCUCGGCAACAGAAGCAGCGGUUGCUCCCGCUAUCGCCGCCAUAGCACCGCGGUCUGGCCUGGUCAACUUCUAUAGGGGCUUCUCCCCGACCCUACUGGGCAUGCUGCCCUAUGCCGGCAUGUCAUUCCUGACGCACGAUACCGUGGGCGACAUCCUCCGCCACCCGAGUCUCGCCAAGUGGACGACCCUACCCCGGCCGAAAGACGCACCUGCGGGUAAGCCCAAUCCGCUCCGGUCUUGGGCUGAGCUAUUUGCCGGCGGCGUUGCCGGAGUCGUCUCACAGACUGCGUCGUACCCAUUGGAGGUGAUUCGUAGGCGCAUGCAGGUUGGCGGUGCUGUAGGCGACGGCCACCGACUUCGCAUUGGCGAGACGGCCGCUAUGAUUUUCCGGGAGAGGGGAUUCCAAGGGUUCUUUGUGGGCUUGACGAUCGGCUAUGUCAAGGUGAUGCCCUUGGCGGCGGUGAGUUUCUACACAUACGAGCGUGCCAAGACAUGGUUGGGAAUUUAG